UUCCUCCAGGAAAGAGCUAUUAAGGUGUUCACACAAGUACAUCCUGACUUAGGCAGCAGAAUUGCAGCUGGUUUGUCCACCUACAAGAAAUAUCACGCCAACUUGUAAGAAGCACAUGAAAUGGACGGGUGUUAUUUAUGGCACCAGUACCUAUAAAACCAUGGGGUGGGACAUUAAAUGCGAGCAAACCAACGCCAUUAUGUAUUCAAAGGAAUCCUUACAUUCGCCAGCAAGAAAUUGUGGGGCAAGAAGACUGCUUAUAUCUAAAUAUUUAUAGUCCGGACACUAGCAAUGAUUUACCACAGAAUAAUGAUCUAUUACCUGUGAUGGUAUUUAUUCACGGCGGAGGAUGGAUGUGUGGAGAUUCCAGUCCACAAAUGUAUGGACCAGAGUAUUUAUUAGACAGGGAUGUUAUCCUAGUCACUAUUAAUUAUAGAUUGGGUCCACUUGGAUUUUUAUCAACCCUAGAUGAGCAUUGUCCUGGUAAUAACGGUCUCAAAGAUCAACAGGAAGCACUCCGAUUUAUACAAAAAACUAUCACUAGCUUUGGAGGUGAUAAACAGUCCGUGACAAUAUUUGGCGAGAGCGCUGGUGGUGCUAGUGCCCAUUUUCAUAUGUUAUCGGAAACCAGUGCAGGUCUGUUCCAUAAAGCAAUUUCGGAAUCUGGUACAGCAUUGGUGCCAUGGGCAGAGGCCGCUCCUGGUGAAGCGUUGAGGAAUGCAUUCCGUUUAGCAAAAAUGCUAGACUGUCCUCAAGCGCCGUCAAAAGAAAUGAUUAAGUGUCUUCGAACAAAAGAUAGUUAUCAGAUCAUAAACACAGAAUUCAACUUUUAUGUAUGGGAUUAUGAACCGAUGACUCCUUUCAAAGCAGUGAUAGAACCUGAUCUGCCUGGAGCAUUUUUGACUAGAAAUCCUAGAAAAAUUUCCAAAAUAUCCGCAGUUCCUUGGAUGACAGGCCUAACUAAAGACGAAGGCUGUUUGAAAGCAGGCUGGAUAACAACAAAUAAAACGAGAUUUGAGGAAUUUAUGUCUGGCAUUGAUACCAUAGCACCAGUCACAUUUUAUUAUGAGAAUUCACCAAAUGUAAACCUCAUAACCAAACUAGUGCAAGAAAAAUAUUUAUUAGAAAAAGACACAGAAGCUAUAAAAUCUGGAAUUAUAAAAAUGUAUACUGAUUCAUAUUUUGGAUAUCCUGCUGUAGAGGCAAUAGAAUUAACUUUUAACUAUACCAAAUCCCCAGUGUUUCUGUAUCACUUGGUAUAUAAAGCUGUUAAUAGUUUUUCACAAAUAUUUGGAUACGGCGAUGAAGAUCAAGGUGUAUGUCACGCCGAUGACCUUAUGUAUCUAUUUCCGAUACAUUUUCUUGCUAAGGAACCAUCAACAGACGAUAUUGAAAUGAGCAAACUUAUUGUAACGAUGUGGACUAAUUUUGCCACAAGCGGAGAUCCAAAUAAACCCGUGCAAAUACCGUACAAGUGGAAGCCAGCCAGCAGUGGAUCCAAAAUGGAAUACUUGGAAAUAUCGUCGAAACCAAAAAUGAAAGAAGAUUUCGCGUCCCGAUCAAGAUUUUGGGGUACAUUGCCAUUAUGGCAUAAUGUGCGGACCUACCGAAGUAUAGAAGAAUUAUAAAAUUAUUAUGUAACAUAUUGUGUAUUUCACUGAAUAUACACAAAUAACUUUAUCUAUCUAUAUGAAUCGUGAUUAUUAGCAGGUACUUCACCCUAUAUCAUGUAGUAGACAAUUUUCAUGUUAUGAACAAUAUAUAAAUACAAUUGUAUGAAAGUAGUUUGUUUUCCAUUUUAAGUUAUAUGAAUCAACAAAGGAGACAUGCGACUGUUUUAUAGUUUAUUUUUGAUUAUUUAUUUUACGGUCACAGAACAAUAGUUAGGUGAUUGAUUAAUUAAAAUCCAAUAGAACGUAGUAUACGAGUGUUUUUUUUUGAUGGGUGAAAAUAGUAUGGUAACCCCGCCUGCGCUAACGGGAUACGCUGGCGGGAUACGCUGGCGGAACACCAGUGAAGGGUGAUAGAUGAGAAAGAAACAGGUCAAUUAGCUCAUCAUGAUGAAUUCAUCAGGAAUUCACCAUGAUAGUUUCCAGGGAGAACCGCGAGGAGGUCGACCUAGUUGGGUAUAUUGCUAGCAAUGGGAUUCUCAGUCUCCAUUACUAACAAUCCCUUUCCCCCCAGUAUACGAGUGUGAUACACACCCACAACUUAUGUAAACUUAUUUAGAUUUAUGUAAAGAUAAAUUUAAUUAGACAGUUUAGGAUUAUGAUGCACUUACCUACAUGUUAGUAUAGUUUCACAAAACAAUUUUUAGUUUAAUUUAAAUGCAAUAUUUUAAUUUAUUUCUUAUCAUCGUACAAAUAUUUGUCAUUUUUUAAAAAACAAGAGUCAUUAGCUGUCCACCAUUUAUUAAAAUGUUCGUAAAUUGUUGUAGUUUUCAUUAGAUAUUCGUUAUUAAUCAUUGCACAGAAAUUGCAGUAAUCGUCUGUAUCGGGAGUUUCAUGCCUAAAAUGAUAUGAAUAAUACUUUUUCCAUCUAAAAUACAUAUAAUACAUCUCAAUAUUUCGUGAAAUUGCAAACAUUUUCCUGGCUAAUAUUAGCGGUGUCAUUUCUCGAGCAUUUAAAUAACUUCCUUCUGGCAUGAAUCUGUAAUAAAAUAUUAUCUUCUUAACAAAAUAUCUAAUUUAGUUAAAGUAUGUAAAUUAGUUUCGUAUGGCUGAUAUCGCAAGCAGUGUCCUACUAAUUUCAAAAUAAUACCUACUCAUACAUAGCUUAGUACACUUGGUUGUAGAUAUUUUAAAUUUCCAUUUCGGGGCUAUACUUCACACUUGGAACCCUUAAAAGCAAUGUUGCGUUUUUUUAAUUUUUAUAAUGAAUAAAUAUUUUAUUAUAUACUUUU